AUGUCUGCGUUCCCCCAUCCACCGGGCCUCUCGCCCGCCGAAGUCGCAUUCCUCUGUGAAAUGGAGCAAGUGACCAUCCUCCCGCGCCAGCGCCUCGAACGUCUCGACUUAGUGGGCGGUCCGACCCGAGCACUCAUUCCCCCGCAACGCACGACGCUCCCCAUCUGGCUCGCCGUCCUGUUGAAGCGCCAAAGACGCGCCAAUAUCAUGCCGCCGCCCUGGAUCCUCGCCGAGAAUCUGCAAGACAUUCUCGACACCGAGACGCAUAGAAACUUUGAAGACACGCUGUCACCCCCGGCCCCCAUGCCGUCCUUGCGGCAGACAGACUACAGCGGAAAGUCGUUUUAUGCUUCCACGCCAUUCGUGGAGUCGUGUACCGUGCAUGCAAAUGCGACGAUGCUUCCGUAUCACUGGUUCGAACUUUCAGAGAUACUACUGGAAGCGGCGAGCGACGAUAUUCCAGAACCUGACCGAGUGAGGCAGUUGCUGAGAGACAUACGAGAAGUGCGGCUAGCGAAGAUGCGGAAACGAGUAGAACAUUUGUCUGGUGAUGGCGAAGGCACGCGGCUUGACGGCAUAGGCGCGAUGGAGCUCUCCGAAUCCAGGGGGUUUAUCACGGGCGUUGUCGAUGGCCUGAGGAAGAUUGAUGCGAGCAGAGAACAAGAGAGGAGAGAAAGAGAGGAAGAAGCGAGGGAGGAUCGAAGAUAUAACGACGACGACGACGACGACGAAAUGACAUGA